AAUCCUGAGACAACAUUUGGAGCAGAUGGCUUCAGUGACUGAUAGUAAAGCUGGAGUCAAAGAUGCUUCCGACCAGAAUUUUGACUGCAUGUUCAAACUGCUCAUCAUCGGCAACAGCAGCAUUGGCAAAACUUCCUUCCUCUUCCGCUAUGCUGAUGACACCUUUACCCCAGCCUUCGUCAGCACUGUGGGCAUUGACUUCAAGGUGAAUACAGUCUACAGCCAUGAAAAACGAGUGGAGCUGCAGAUCUGGGACACAGCUGGACAAGAAUGGUACCGGACCAUCACCACAGCCUAUUACCGUGGGGCCAUGGACUUCAUUCUGAUGUAUGACAUUACCAGUGAGGAUUCCUUCAAUGCUGUCCAAGAUUGGGCUACUCAGAUCAAGACCUACUCCUGGGACAAUGCACAGGUUAUCCUGGUUGGGCACAAGUGUGACAUGGAGGAAGAGAGGGUUGUUUCCACCGAGAAGGGCUGGCUCCUUGCAGAGCAGCUUGGGUUUGACUUCUUUAAAGCCAGCGCCAAGGAGAACAUCAGUGUGAGGCAGGCCUUCGAGCGGCUGGUAGAUGCCAUUAGUGACAAGAUGUCUGAUUCGCUGGACACGGACCCCUCCAUGUUGGGCACCUCCAAGAACACCCGUCUCUCGGACACCCCACCACUGCUGCAGCGGAACUGCUCGUGUUAGAUUCUGCAUCUCUACUAAAUUAUCCCUGAUUACCUGCCACGACUGGAAGAUCAGCCUGUGCCUGGGAUUGCAUGCAAUAGACAGGCCCAUGAGAUACGAAUACUGUUAAGUGAUGUUUUUGAAGGCCUUCAUCCCUUAUAUGAAGUAGGCAAAACUCAAAUUUAUUCAUUCAUAUUUACUCAUUCAAUAAAUGUCUAGUAUGUGUCAGGAAAAAAAAAGAUAGGAGGGGCCUCAUCAUUCUCUGGUGAUGAAUAAUAGGGAUUCUGAUAUGAAAUUUCCCUUUGGACUUUCAUAGCUGGAGGCUCAGGGUAGAUGAGUAGAGAUUUAGGGUACCAUAAGUGGAAUCUUUGCUGAAAUAAAUCAUUUA